AUGAACUCCCGGCCGCACAAGCAAUCCAUGUCCGAGCUCAAGCUCCGCCGCUUGACUGAGCACAACCAGCGGCUACGGGAAGAUUUGGCCCGGCCAAGAGUACGAGUCAGCGAAGCCAGUGCUAGCUUGAUCCGCUACUGCAAGACGACGAAGGACCAUCUCGUACCGUCAGUAUGGGGACCAGUCAACAAGAACGAGGACCCGUACGCGCCGCCAGCGCAGGGCUGCAACUGCAUCGUCAUGUAA